GUGAUUUUAGUGAAUGUCACUUGUUGUCAUUUUCAAAUUUCCCGUUGUUCCGUCCCCCGUACGUCCCGAUGUCGCAGGGAACGGAACCCAGAUGACAGAUGCCGGCAUCCGCCGGAGGACUAUACAGGGGACACUGCAGGAGGGACAUUGCGGGAGCGCAGGACAAGGUAAGUGAAGAACAGAUGCUGGAGCAGCGCCGCAUGGUAAGCCCGAGUGUAGCUCGGGGUUACCGCUUUUGGUACUGAAACUUUACCCCGAGCUACACUCAGGUAUACCAUCAGGGAGGGACAUGAUUAAAAAUUAAUUUGUAAAUGCAUUGAAUACCAAUUCAUCCGUUCCGGAGGUCAGAAAAAAAUAAAAAAGAGUCUUAUCUGUUCAAAACUCUUUAUAAAGUGCAAUUUAAAG